AUGGAUUCCAAUCAGAAAGCAAGCGGGGACGGACUGGCGGGGACGCAGAAGGAGGCGGCGCUUCGUUCACUCAUGCAGCGAACCGGAUACCAGCUGCGCCAGGAGAACGGUCAGCGGCGGUACGGCGGCCCACCUCCAGGCUGGGACGGCCCCCCACCGGAGAGGGGCAGCGAGAUCUUUGUGGGGAAACUGCCGAGAGAUCUGUUUGAAGAUGAGCUGGUUCCGCUGUGUGAGAAGUUUGGAAAGAUCUACGAGGUGAGGAUGAUGAUGGACUUCAACGGGAACAACAGAGGUUACGCCUUUGUCACCUUCAGCAACAAACAGGAGGCCAGGGCUGCCAUGAAGCAGCUCAACAACUAUGAGAUUAGGAACGGACGCCUCCUCGGCGUUUGUGCCAGCGUCGAUAACUGCCGCCUCUUUGUUGGCGGGAUUCCCAAAACCAAGAAGCGAGAGGAGAUCCUGUCAGAGAUGAAGAAGGUCACCGACGGCGUCGUCGAUGUCAUCGUGUACCCCAGCGCCGCCGACAAAUCCAAGAACAGAGGCUUUGCUUUUGUCGAGUAUGAGAGCCACCGAGCAGCUGCCAUGGCCCGCCGCAAACUGCUGCCAGGUCGUAUCCAGCUGUGGGGUCACGCCAUCGCUGUGGACUGGGCAGAGCCUGAGGUGGAGGUUGACGAGGAUACCAUGGCAACAGUGAAGAUUCUGUAUGUAAGGAACCUGAUGCUGCAGACGACAGAGGAGACCAUCGAGAAGGAGUUCAACAGCCUGAAGCCAGGCGCAGUGGAGCGAGUGAAGAAGAUCAGAGACUACGCCUUCGUCCAUUUCACUCAGAGAGAGGACGCCAUCAACGCCAUGAAAGCGCUCAACGGGAAGGUGGUGGACGGCUCUCCCAUCGAGGUGACGCUGGCCAAGCCGGUGGACAAAGACAGCUAUGUUCGCUACACCAGAGGGACGGGAGGCCGAGGAGGCUCUCUGCUACAGACCGACUACACCUCCUACACGCUGGGACAGAUGUACGACCCCUCGGCGGCGUACCUCGGUGCGCCGGUGUUUUACGCCCCCCAGGCCUACACAGCCAUACCAGCUCAGUUCCGCUUCCCAGCGGCCAAAGCUCACGUUGGAGGUCGAGGUCUGAUCCGGACGCCGUCGGUCCGAGAAAUUUACAUGACUGUACCUGUAGGGGCUGCGGGGGUGCGGGGACUGGGUGGGCGGGGCUACCUGGCCUACGCUGCUGGGGGCGGAGCCGUGGGGAGAGGCGGUGGUGGCGGUGGUGCCUCCUACGGGCUGAAGGCAGACAAGCAGCAAGAGGAGAAGUUGUAUGAUCUUCUGCCGGGAAUGGAGCUGACCCCGAUGACCCCGAACCUGAAGGCCACCGCUGUCAAGCCUGCACCACAGGUUCUGGAGGAGCUCUGUCAGAAGAAUAACUGGGGUCAGCCGAUCUAUCAGCUGCACUCUGCCAUCGGUCCUGACCAGAGACAGCUCUUUCUCUACAAGAUCACCAUCCCAGCUCUGGCUACUCAGUACCCCAACGUCCAUCCCUUCACCCCUGCUAAGCUGUGCGCGGGCGUAGAAGAGGCUAAAAUUCACGCGGCCGAACACACCCUGCAGACACUCGGCGUGCAGACGGAGGGCGCCACCGAUGCCAACUGUGCUACUGCGGCUGCCGUGGCAGCAGUAGCCUUCCCAGGUAUGUGA